GCGAUCGUGCGGAAACGAUGGUCGAGCGGAACUUAGUGAACGUGCUGCUGCUUGGCGGCGGUUUUAUGCUGAUCUUUACCUCCUUUCAAACGCUUGGCAACAUUGAGCAAACUAUCAUCGACAGCAUCAAGAUCGACCUGCCCUCAUUCACCGGCGACGGAUACACGAGCCUGGCCAUUAUCUAUGCUGCCCUCUCUUUAUCAAACUGGGUCACGCCAUCGGUCCUGUCCGCCAUCGGACCGCGGCUGGCGAUGGCCAUCGGAGCUAUCACCUACUGCCUUUUCAUGGCAAGCUUUUUCCUGCCCCACGUGAUUCUCCUGUACGGAUGUAGCAUCAUUUUGGGCGCUGGUGCUGCCCUUAUCUGGACCGGCCAGGGCAUGUAUCUGUCCCAGUGCAGCACCGGAGAGACGAUUUCUCGCAACUCGGGCGUCUUCUGGGCGAUGCUGCAGAUGAGCAUGUUCUUUGGCAACUUGCUAGUGUUCUUCAAGUUCCAGGGCAAAACGCACAUCGAUGAGACGACUCGCAACAUCGUGUUCACCGUGCUGAUCGGUGUAGCAAUCGUAGGACUCGUCAUGUUGGGAUGUCUCCGUCGACCGACCAACAACGAGGAUGCUUCCAUCGAGCAGAAUUCGUCAGUUCGUCCAAUGGAGGCGUUCCUUAACGCUGUUCGGCUAUUCCGGACACCUCGCAUGAUGCUACUCUGCAUCACGUUCAUCUACACCGGUCUUUCGCUGUCGUUCUUCAGUGGCGUGUACGGCUCAAGCAUUGGUUUCACGAAUGCGAUCGGUUCAUCACCUAAACAGUACGUAGGUCUGAAUGGUGUCUUCAUCGGUGUUGGCGAGGUGCUAGGUGGAGUCGCAUUCGGACUUCUUGGCACCCGGACGACCACUCGGUGUGGUCGUGAUCCGAUCGUCAUCACAGGUGGUAUCCUGCACCUGGGCGCAUACUUCCUGAUCUACCUCAAUCUGCCCAAUUCGGCACCAUUCGGAAGUACAGACGCACUCUCCUACAUUCAGCCACCGAGUGCGGGCGCAGCGAUGUUCUGUUCCUUUUUGCUUGGUCUCGGUGACGCCUGCUUCAACACCCAGUGUUACUCGAUGUUGGGUGGCGUCUUUAAGAAUCAACCGGCCGAAGCGUUCUCUAUCUUCAAGUUCACGCAGUCGGUAGCAGCCGCGGCCAGCUUCGUCUACUCGUCCUACUGCGGGCUGCACGUUCAGCUGCUCAUCCUGGUAGUGCUGGGCAUCGUCGGUACCGUCUCAUUCUGCCUGGUGGAGUUCGGCGUCAAGAGGGAGUUGGGCGAAUUUCGCCAUCCCGUCAUGGCACGAGAGUACGACAAGUAA